UCUGCUGCUACUUCUCGGUGUGUGAAGUUGCUGUUUGGAAGAUUUACAAAAUGGCGUCAGCGUCUUCUCAGGAGGAAGAUUCCUUCACUUGUCCAGUCUGUCUGGACUUGUUGGGGGAUCCAGUGACUAUUCCUUGUGGACAUAAUUUCUGUAUGAGGUGCAUUAAGAACUGUUGGGAUCAGGAGGAUAGUAAAGGAGAAUACAGCUGCCCCCUGUGCAAAGACACCUUCAACUCCAGGCCUGUCCUCCGCAAAAACCGUCUGAUGGCUGAAAUGGUGGAGAAGUUCGGGAAGACCAGCAUCCAAGCUGCUGCUCCUGCUCGCUGUUAUGCUGGACCUGGAGAUGUGGCAUGUGACGUCUGCACCGGUAGAAAAUUCAAAGCUGUGAAGUCAUGUCAAGAGUGUCUGCUGUCGUACUGUGACACUCACCUAAAAGCCCACAAUGAACUUGUAGGUAGAAAUCACACCAUAAUCGAUGCCACAGGCCAACUACAGGAGAGGAUCUGCCCCCGUCAUAAGAAGGUUUUUGAGAUAUUCUGUCGCACCGACCAGAGUUGCAUCUGCUAUCUGUGUACGAUGGACGAUCAUAGAGGCCACGACACUAUCACAGCUACAGCGGAGUGGAGUCAUCAAAAGGAGGGGUUGGGGCAGAGCCAGAGGAGAUGCCAGCAGAUAAUCCAGUUGAAGGAGAAGGAGCUGCAGGAGCUGAGGAAAGCUGUGGAGACUCUAAAGUCUGGUGCGCAGACAGCAGUGAAGAAGAGUGAGAGGAUGUUUGCUGAGAUGAUCCGCUCCAUUGAGAGAAGGCGCUCUGAGGUGACAAAGCUGAUCAGAGCUCAGGAGAAGGCUGAGGUGAGUCGAGCUGAAGGACUCCUGAAGCGACUGGAGCAGGAGAUUGCUGAGCUGAAGAGGACAGAUGCUGAGAUGAAGCAGUUUUCACUGACACAGGAUCCCAUCCAUUUCCUCAAGAACAUCAGUUCCAUCCCUGAGAGUCCUUACAGCACGGUUUCCUUUAUCUCUUAUGGCCGGGCUCUUAUUGCUGACCCAGUUACCAGAGAGGACUUCAUGAAGUAUUCCUGUCACUUCACUCUGGAUCCAAACACAGCACACACAUGCCUCCAUCUGUCUGAGGGGAACAGAAGGGUGGAGACCAGAAAUGAGUACCAGUCAUAUCCUGAUCAUCCAGACAGAUUUGAUUGGUGGCCUCAGGUGCUGUGUAGAGAGGGUGUGUCUGCACGCUGCUACUGGGAGGUUGAGUGGUGUGGAGAGUUUGUUAAAAUAGCAGCGUCGUAUAAAAGCAUCAUCAGUAAAGGAGGGGGUAAUGAGUGUGGGUUUGGAUGUAAUGAUCAGUCCUGGAGUCUGGACCUCUGGAGCUCCAGCUCCUCUUUCUGGUAUAAUAACGAACAGACCGAACUCCCUCUAGUGGCCAGCUCCAGAAUAGGAGUGUAUGUGGAUCACAGGGCAGGAACUCUGGCCUUCUACAGCAUCUCUGGAGACACAAUGACCCUCCUGCACAGAGUCCACACCACAUUUACACAGGCACUCUACCCUGGGUUUUAUUUAAAUUCUCAAUCAUCAGCAAAGUUGUUGUGA